AUGGGCAUAAAAGCUCUCUUUUGCAUUCUGUUCAUUAUCUCAUUGAGUCACUCCAUUUUAUCGAAGCCUGGUGAUAAGAAACCAUCCGGUCUCACUCUUAAACUCAUUCACAGAGACUCCAUUGAAUCAAACGACCUUUCCCGCAUUGAAAAGUUCCGAAAAAUCGUCGAUCGGUCAAAACUUCGAGCUAAUAGUUUGAUGAGUUUAACAGCAGCUUCUGAAGAAAACCCCACAGAGGUCCAACCUCCAUUUUCAUAUAAAUCGUCGAGUUACGUAGUGCAUAUCUCUGUUGGUACACCUCCAACCGUAGAUUCAUACCUGAUUUUAGAUACCGCUGCCGAACUUACUUGGCUCCAGUGCGAUGGUUGCAUCGGUUGUUUUAAACAAGAACAACGUCUGUAUAAUCCUGAUGACUCUUCUACAUACAAAUUGGUUCCUUGUGAUCACCCAUUGUGUGAACCUUAUGAAUGUAAUCAUAAUCAUUGCAAAUUCAAAGAAUGGGAUAGUCCGGAUGUGCAUGUUGAAGGUUUUAUGUCCAUAGAUCGUUUUGAUUUUGAUCGUUAUGGUUUUGAGAGAAAUUCUACUGUUCUUGACGAAGUUGUGUUCGGUUGUGCAUAUGGAACCGUCGGGUUUGGCUUCGAAGACAAUCCCGAUAACAAUAUCGAUGGCGUAUUCGGUUUGGGCCCGGGUCCUCGUUCAUUCGCUUCUCAGUUUGCUCCUCAGGGAGUUUUCGGUUAUUGUUUAGCAGAUUGGCAUUUUGAACCCCCUGAUUCUCCAAGUAAAUUGAUGUUUGGUGAUGACGCACUACUCCCUAUCAGUGGCCAUGUUCAAAUAACUCCGAUUGUGGAGACAGAUACCAGAAGUUAUUUCUUGAAGUUAGCGGAUAUUUCAGUAGCUACCAAAUGUUUAGGUUUUGAACCGGGUAAAUUCGACCGUGCAAUUAAUGGGCAUGGUGGCUUUAUUAUCGAUUCUGGAACGUCCAUUAGUUACUUUGCGAAAGAUGUCUAUGAUCGUGUGAGACAGGUACUUGUUGAUUAUAUGAAAACACUUGGCUUACCAGAGAUGGAUGCAUCAUCACACCACUUGGAUUUGUGUUGGAGUAUGCCAAAUGGUAUACCAUCUCAUCUUCCAUCCAUGGCAUUAUAUUUUCAAGAUAAUGAGUAUCCGGAUGAACCAGCUGAUUGCGGAAAUGAAGUAGGAGCUCAGCUUAUAAUCAAUCCAUUAAGUCUUUUCCAUAUUGAAGAGAAGGAAAAUCCUCAUUUAUGUCUUGGGAUUAUGCCUACUAAUGGUACAGAUCCUAAGUUAAACAUUUUGGGGGCCAAGCAACAAACUUAUACCAAGUUCUUGUUCAAUGGACAGAAUAAGACACUCUCGUGGACGACAUGGGAUUGUGCAUCACCACCUAAUUAA